ACCACCACCUCCAUCACACUUUGCCAGCAGAGUCUAGAGAGACAUCUGAUCUGCAUCUUCAACUCUCUUCUCUCUUUCUCUCUCUUCCUGUGACUUUCUCUCUCCUCCACAGUCGUCGGUCUCAGAUAAUUAAAUCCACUCCACACUAAUCAGUUUGUUGAGCAUGGUAGCAAGUUCUAAUCCUUUAAUUAACUUGACUUAAUUACAUCAUUAACCCAAAACACACUCUGUUUCUCUGUUUUAUUCAUCAAACCCAAACCUCUCCUUCUCUCUCUCUCUACAAUUCACAAGCCCCUCUUCUUCUUCUUGUUCAACGAAGAUGCCGGGUUUGGUCUCUGUCAAAACCCCGCCCGACUCCGCCCCGCUCCGAAUCUCAGUCCCGGAUCCCCAACCACAGCCCCAAAGAUCCGAACCCGCCCCAAUUUCCAAAACCCCCUCGCCCCACCAUAAAAAACCGCCAUCCCCGUCCCCAUCCCGAUCCAAACCCUCACCCACCCGAUCUAAGAAGCCCCAACCUGCUUCCCCCGACCCGAUUCUCGCCGAUGCCUCACUCGACAACCCGGAUCUCGGCCCGUUUCUCCUCAAGCUGGCUCGAGACACCAUCGCCUCCGGCGAAGGCCCGAACAAGGCUUUGGACUAUGCGGUCCGGGCCUCCAAGUCGUUCGAGCGGUGCGCCGUCGAAGGCGAGCCCAGCCUGGACCUAGCGAUGAGCUUGCACGUGCUGGCGGCUAUAUACUGUAGCUUAGGCCGGUUCGAGGAAGCGGUUCCGGUUCUGGACCGGGCGAUUCGGGUACCCGAGGUCCAGAGAGGUUCGGAUCACGCGCUCGCGGCGUUCUCGGGCCACAUGCAGCUGGGAGACACGUACUCGAUGCUGGGACAGGUGGACCGGUCCAUUGAGUGCUAUGAGGAGGGCUUGAAGAUCCAGAUCGAGGCUUUGGGUGACACUGAUCCCAGAGUUGGUGAAACUUGCAGAUAUUUAGCUGAGGCCCAUGUCCAAGCAAUGCAGUUUGAAAGAGCAGAAGAAUUGUGCAAGAAAACUCUUGAAAUUCACCGUGCUCAUAGUGAACCAGCAUCCCUUGAAGAGGCAGCUGACCGCCGGCUGAUGGCUCUCAUAUGUGAGGCAAAGGGAGAUUAUGAAUCAGCACUUGAACAUCUUGUCCUUGCCAGCAUGGCAAUGAUUGCAAAUGGGCAAGAAAAUGAGGUUGCUGCUAUUGAUGUCAGCAUAGGUAACAUUUACAUGUCUCUUUGUCGCUUUGAUGAGGCCGUCUUCUCUUAUCAGAAGGCACUCACUGUUUUAAAGUCAUCAAAGGGCGACAACCACCCUUCUGUUGCCUCUGUCUUUGUUCGCCUUGCUGACUUAUAUCAUAGAACUGGAAAGAUCCGAGAGUCCAAAUCAUAUUGUGAGAAUUCCCUGAGGAUAUAUGUGAAGCCUGUGCCUGGAACAACGGCAGAAGAGAUUUCUGGUGGGUUGACUGAAAUUUCAGCCAUUUAUGAAUCCAUGGAUGAGCCUGAGGAGGCACUUAAGCUGUUGCAGAAGGCGAUGAAGUUGUUGGAGGAUAAACCAGGACAGCAAAGCACAAUUGCUGGAAUAGAAGCACGGAUGGGAGUGAUGUUUUGCGUGCUUGGGAGAUAUGAAGAAGCAAGGAGCUCUUUUGAGAGUGCUGUAGUGAAACUUAGAGCUAGUGGAGAGAAGAAGUCGCCCUUCUUUGGGGUUGUGCUGAACCAGAUGGGAUUGGCUUGUGUACAGUUGUUCAAGAUAGAUGAGGCUGCUGAGUUGUUUGAAGAAGCGAGGGGGAUAUUAGAACAAGAGUGUGGUCCUUGUCAUCAAGAUACUCUUGGAAUAUAUAGCAAUCUCGCUGCAACCUAUGAUGCUAUGGGGAGAGUUGAAGAUGCAAUUGAAAUUUUGGAGUAUGUCCUUAAACUACGAGAAGAAAAGCUCGGAAUUGCAAAUCCUGAUUUCGAAGAUGAGAAGAGAAGACUAACUGAGCUUCUGAAAGAAGCAGGCAGGACUCGAGACAGAAAAGCAAAGUCACUGGAAAACCUUAUUGAUCCAAACUCGAAGAAGACGAAGAAAGAGGGCACAAAGAGGUGGGGUGGCUUGGGCUUCAGACUUUGAAAGGAAAAACCCGGCAAGAUUUUAUUCAAAAGAAAAAAGAUCUCCACUUCCAUUUCUUUCAGCUCUCCUGCACCUGCACAUUCUGUAACAUAGAUCAAGAUCAUGUAUAGGCUUGACGUUUUAAUUUGGCGAGGUUUUCUGUUUCUCGAGUUUUGAAUUUCUCUCUUCUUCUUUUUUCCUUCUCUGAUAAUGUUUUAUUGAAUGUCUGCAUUGUAAGCUUGAAGCUGUUCACUGAAAAGAAAAAUAUGCAUUUGAGUGAAUAAAAUUCACAUGUAUGUUUUCCCGUCUCA